CAGCGACUUACCAUAAAGUUGCGCUCUAUAGACACACAAUAAACACAGCCGCCACUAAUAUCCAAAUUCUUCUCGUCGAUAAUCCUUGAAUAGAAGAGAAGAAGGUAGGUAAGGCGGAUUCCAGAAGGCUGCCCCGGCUCUAUUAUUCCACCGGCUUGGCAAUCAUCUUUCUUUGAAACUUGGAAAACGAGCGAGCGAGCGAGCUAUACAUACAUACCUACAUACAUAGGCCACUGUUACCACGACCAAAUCUUUAAAGAACCUUUUCUCUCUCGAGACUUGAAAGCAUGAGGUUACAUCCCUUCUUCGCAUUCGCAGCAUUCCUGCUACUCGCCGUCUCUUCAUGGGCGCGACCAGAGCCUAGUACCGAUAUCCAGCUUUCGGAGGAGGAUGCGCGCACUGCUGCUCCUGAUAUAUCACGACUAUGGAGACGUAAAGGAGGCGGUGGCAAAGGUGGGAAAGGCGGGAAAGGGGGUAGUAGUAGUUCAUCAUCAGGGCGCGGUUCCUCCUCCUCCUCCACCGGCGGCGCCACACGUCAAGGAUCCGGUGUCCAGCCCAGCUUCCCAGGCGCGCGCUACGCCGGCGGUUCCAAGACGCCCUAUGCAUCGGGCGCGCGCUCUCCUCUCGGGCUCACGCCUAUCUUCCUAGGCGCUGGUGUCGGCGGAGCGCUCGCUCUAUAUCCCGGUCUCUGGCUCCACGGCGCCUAUCUAUAUCCCUAUUCGCACCCAUACACAUUCGUGAACCGCAGUGCGGCGAAUGCGACGGCGCCGCAGGGCGCGAACGAGACGAAACCUGUGGUUUGCAUGUGUGCGGCAAGGGAGGAGUGCGGUUGUGAGGACGAGUCGGGAGAUACGCAGGUCUUGGAUUCGCUGGUGGGCAAUGGGUCUUAUGAGGCUUUGAAUAAAACACUGGUGAAUGUGGCAGUGGUUAAUGGCUCGAGUACAAUUCUUUUGAAUGGAACGUUGGCGAAUGGAACUACGGUUAGUGGGGGCCAAGAGGAUGCUAAUAAGGCGGGGGCGUUGGUGCAGAAGGCUGGAUAUGCGGUGUUGAUUGCUUGUCUGGUGGGGUUUCUGGUUUGAGGGUGGAGCGUGUGUAUUAUCAGCUUUGUGUUUUGAAGAAUGCACUACAGAGCAGGAUUGGCUCUGGAGCCCCUUUAUGUAGACUACCUCAAUCAUCCCUAAGAACAACAUCACAAAGUAUCCCUUAUGAGAAAAGCCUACGCCGUGAAGCUCGAAUCCCACAACUACCAACUGCACGACCAUCACUUAUGAAGCUUUUCAAAAGGAUUUCUCGUAUUAGUAGCAACAUGUUGAGUUUAUUAGCAACGCUGCAUACAUGACAUGGUAUGCGCCAACUACACGCGGUCCUCGUUCUUCGAAAUCAUGCUGUUGAGUUAGUGUGUCAUGCCAUUAUCCCUAAUGGUUGUUUGUGGUAAAGCCUGUUUUCCCC